UGGAGGUCGUCUAGAUUUUCCAACAGCUCCAUCAAAUCAACCAAGUGCACCAAUACCUCAACCUCAAUAUCCAAAUAUUAAUUUUGGUCCAUCGAUUCCACCACCAUUACCAUCAUCAGCAGCAAAUGGACCAUAUAUGGGUUUUCAUGUUGAUAAUAAUGCUAAAACACCAUUUAAUGAUCCAUUUCCACAAGUUCCAAAUGAUCGAUCAGCACCACCACCACCAGCUGCUCAUGGAGGUUCAGAUGAUGGCUUUGAUGAUUUAGCUCGUCGAUUUGAAGAUUUAAAAAAUAGAAAAUAA